GCUGGGGAGCCGAGUUUCUUUUCCUUGUCGCGACGAAUAUGUGGAGGCUAUAUGAAGAUGGAAUUUACAAUUAAGCACACAUGGGAUGGUUUACCUGUGAGCCAUGAGCCAGUAACGAUUGGGCUGAAGUCGGACAAGGCAGGACUGCUAAUGGAAGUUAAUGCUCCCUUCUUUAAUGACCCUCCAGCACCCCUUGGAGAGCCAGGGAAACCUUUUAGUAGACUGUGGGACUAUGAGGUUGUAGAAGCAUUUUUCCUGAGUGACAGAACGGAACAGUAUUUAGAAGUUGAACUUUGUCCCCAUGGACAACACUUGUUGCUGCUGCUUUCUGGCAAAAGAAGAGUAUGGAGAGAAGAACUUCCUUUAGAGUUUGAGGUGACAAGAAUGAAAGCCAAAUGGGAGGGCAAAGCUCAUCUUCCGUGGAAUUAUUUUCCACCAUGUACGAACAAGUUCAAUGCAUUUGCAAUUCAUGGUUCAGGAGAAGAGAGACAAUAUGAAGCGCUUCAUCCUGUGCCUCGACAUGAACUACAAGAAGGACAGAAACCAGAUUUUCAUCGCCUGGAAUUUUUCAAGGAUUUGAACCUGAAAGGUCUAAUGGGAGAAGACUGGCAGCAGCCUGAAUCAGAUAUAUGGAAGUGUCUCACUAAUUAAAUGAAUUGAGACAUCUAUUUUUAUAGCAUUAGGGUUGGAUGGAGCUGUGUGGAAACAACUUACUCAUUCUGAGAGGAGUUUGUAAACAUCAGAUUUCCUUGACACCAAAAUCACUGAUCAAUUUUAAAACCAACUGUAAAGUAUCUGGGCCAGCUGAUUAUAAAUAUAUGAAGUAUGCAACGGUUUGUGUUUCAGUUUAGCUGGGGUGUGCAGGUUUUCAUCUGUGCAAGAGAUGAAUCUUAACAACAAAGGGUAAAAAAUGCUAAAAUUACAACUGUGUUUUCAUAAGAACUCUAAGCCUGACAAGGCCAAUAUCUGUCUUGGAAUCAUUCAGUUUCCUGUAGUUGCUGCAUUUCUCCUGUGUUUGGUGCUUGUUUGUUUCUCUGCUGUUGAAUGAGAUUAUGUGCCUAAAUUUUUUGAUUGCAAUCAGGAGAAAGAAUGCCUCCUUCAGGAACAGAAAAGAGUAUAGCUAUCAUGGCAUUCUGUGGCCCAGUAUUUGCACUGCAAGAUGCUGUGGAGAUAUAACACUAUCCUUUCCUGUACCUUCCUACACCUGAAGUUUUCCCUUGCAAUAGUGCUGAAGGGGGAGCUUAAUCUGCAUUAUUUUAUUAGCAGACCUCUGCUUCAAAUUCAGUGUGGAAUUCAUAGUGAUAUUUAGAGGAUAGAUUUACAGAAGGUUUUAUAUAUUCUAGGAAAUGUUUCUGGGACAAAUAAUGUUCAGUAAAACCUUUUGAUACAGUUGUGUGCCUGCAAAAGCUUGUUUGUUUCAAGACCUUGUCACAUCACCUUAAGGAUUCAGCUCAGGCAUAAGAGAAUUUUGUUUGCGUGCCACGUAACGUUGGAAUGGUCUCUAAUGGUAUGUGCCUACAUUUUCUACAUAUGGGCAUGAAUUCAACAGUACUGAAUACUGUUAGAUGGUAACAUCUAAUCUGUAAACUCUUACACGAUUUACAAAUGCGAUGUUCCUUUUUUUGUCUAGCAUAGUAAGUGCUGCUUGGUUGUGGCUGCUGACUUGAUCUUACAUAAAUUAGUUUACAAAAUGGAACGCUUAGCCACUAACCACUCCCUACAGCUGAAAAAUAGGUGACUUCAAAAUCAAACCUCUUUGGUUUAGUUCAGAAUGAGGAGUCAGACCUCAGUCCUUUACUAGAAAGAGGACUUCCUGCAUCAUGCUGCAAUGUCAUCAUGACAGGGUAAAAGGUGGUCACGUCUCUAGUUUUGUGAGGAAAAUUUUUUUGGGGAGUCUGAGGAAAAUAUGGCUCAGUCAUAACUGAGGAAGUAUCUUUCAGAAGUUAUGUUCUGAGGAUAUGGUGCGGGGUCUCAUCCUUUUGGGUAGCAUUUUCUACUGAACAGUUUAGAAUCCUACAAGUUCCUGUAACGGACUGAUGUUCUUGUAAGUCUCACAUCCUGCUCAAAGCAGGGCUAUUGUUGAAGCUAGGUGAGUUUGCUCAGAACUCAACUAGUUCUGUUAUGAAAAGUUACCUGAUUGCCAUUUCCCAUGCUGCACCUUCAGUCCAUUGCCUUUUGUCCUUUCUCUGUGCAUGUCCAAGAAGAGUGACUUUGUAACUAUCGAUUAGGUAACUGAAAUUUGUUCCCCGUGGAUUUCUUUAAAUGUUAUCAUUCUCAGGUUGCCUUCUGUGAGUCUUGUUAUUAAAUACCUUCCACGCAGAUAAUACUGACAAAUGACUUAAAAGUGUAACUUGGGUUGUAACUUGGAGGCAGAAAUGUUCCCAGGCCUUUCUUGUUUAUUUAGCUCAUAAAUGGUUCUAAAAAACUUCUGGGUAGCUUUAGAUAUCAAAAUGCCUGUAAAGUAUUGCACAAGACUGCACACUCUAAGUCAUGUUACUAAAAGGAUUCUCAGUUCUCUCCUGAGCUUGUAUGCAGUAAUAACCAUAGUCUGAUGGUCAUGUUUUCUUUGCUGUCUUUAAAUUUAACUCUACCUGUAAAUUCUGCCUGAGAAGAAAGGAUGGGUAUAUCCUGCGUUUGUGAAGAACAUCUCAGUGUGAUUGUCUGAGCUAGAAUGUUACUUCAGAGGUUUUGUCUGGCUUUAGAUUCUCUCCAUGUACUUUAAGUUUUACAGAACUAUACUUUCAAAUUUAAGGAUAUUAGGCUUUUUCAUAUGCAGACUUUGACAUGUCAAUGCACUCAGCCAUCCAGUUGUUUUUGCUCUCUUUUAAUUAGAUGUUACAGAUUCCUUGCUAUAAAGUGCCAUCUAUUGAAAAUUGUAAAUAUUGUACAUUCAAUUGUUUGGUUUCUUUUCUACUUUCAAUCCAUAUACAGUUUUCUAAAGAAUGACAUCAGUCUGAAAUAUUGAAUAAUCCAGUAAAUGUUGAUUAAAAAUGUCUUUUAGAUACUGACAUCUCAAAGCUGCUUUUGAAAUUUUGGUCAAAAAGAAAGAUUCACUCAACUUUUAGAUAUUAUUUUAAGCAGUUUGUCAAAACAGUGUGUGCAGAAGUUGGAAAUGAGCUUACUGUUUUUCUCACAAAGAUUGUUUUCACAUGAUGAAUGAUGUUUUUGCAUGUAAAGGACAGUAAAUCAAAUUAUUUAUUCAGAAGCUUCAUCUGGUAUUCAUUC